AUGCUGCGAGCCUGGUCGCAAUGCCGUCGUCUUCCGCGCCGCCGCUAUAGCAGCACGACCGGCAGGCUGACAGAUGCAGAGCUCAUGGAGUUCGACAGUCUUGCCGACGAGCUCAUAACGACUGCUGCAUUGCCCGACCCACCUGCAGGUUGGACAAGUAUCCACAAGGAGGAGAAACGCUAUGCGACUCUCAUCAAGACACGGGAAUCGGCAAGGAUGGCGUCGCUUCAAAAGACUACGUUCAAUUCAGUGGCGCCAACUGAGAGUGUCAAUGAUGAUACACCGUUCAUCCCAGGGACUUUUGUUGAACUGCGAAGAAACGAAGUAUCUUCCACAGGUGUUGUGCUGGGGGAAAAGAAAGCGGAUUCGCGGUCUUUUGUCGUCGUGUUGACUGCUUCGGGAGAGGUAUGGGAGACCAUGCGAAAUGACAUAUUCUUCGCCUCUCCCAACCUCGUGAUCCCUGCAAUGGCGGAGAGGUGUGGAACGGAAACCAUUGCGGAAGACAAGGCACAACUCAAUGCUCGAGUCAAAGUACUCCAGAGUAUCCGCGAGAUCCAGAACAGACUCGACCUCGCUGUGAAAAACACAGCUCGACGACGAGUUGAUAUCUAUGCUGCAACUAGGGCGAGACAGUCAGACCAGUGGGCCACCACGAAUCUAGCCCAAGCCACAAGUCUCCUCUAUAGCGACCCAACUCUGGUUCAAAUAUUUGCAACACAUGUGCAACUCAUGUCGGACUCGGAGCAUUUCGAACCGGCUGCAGAUUACCUCGUUAGUGGGAGGGUGUACAUCAGGCCUCAUUCACAUCUCGCGACCCUUAACAAGAUUCAAGAAUGGCGACGUCUUCCUGAUGGACCCAUACAAAGCUUUGUCAGCCGUGCUCGUUCAAUCAUAGAAGCAAACAAACAACGACACGAAGCGACUCGGAACGACACUCCGUCUUCAAAACUUGCAAAACACGUAUGGACUCAUGAUGACCAGCAGAUCAUUGACUUCCUACGCCGCGCCCUCCAACCUCGGCGUUCCGUACAAGAAGACCCAUACGCUUUGGGAAGGAACUUUAUCAUUCGUGAACUCUAUCCGUCCGUCCCAGCCACAGAUGAUGUUGUGCUGCAUCAGACUUUGGUUGACCUGGGCGUGUAUGCUCCAUGGCAAGACCUUGUCUCUUUGCGAGACAGACUGGAGCUCGAUCAGAGAGAGAUUGUCGACACUUCUCCUGUGGAGCGGCUCGUUAGACGCACGCUGUCCAUUAACUCUGCUCCAGCAAAACGAGAAAUUUUGGGGCCGGAAGACCUAUACCGCACCGACCCACUGGAUCAUCUUCGCCACGACUUUGCUCAGAUGCCAAUUUAUGUUAUUGAUUCGCCUGACGCUCAAGAACUUGAUGACGGAAUAUCCAUCGAACCUGUGGCCAACGAACCUGAUUCAUACUGGGUCCAUGUCCACAUUGCCGAUCCAGCUAGCACACUCCCCCCAACACACACACUCUCGAUGAUGGCAGCAAAGAAGAGCGAGACUGCGUAUUUUUCCCACCGUACUUGGCCUCUUUUCCCUCAUAGCCUGACGAAAUCGGGCCUGUCGGGAUUCUCUCUGACUGAGGGGAAGGAAAAUCGUGUUCUGACAUUCAGUUCCAAAGUGAAUGUGAACGGGGAUCUUAAACAGAGUGUUGUGAGGCCCGGAAUUGCUCGUAACCUGAUACGGUUCAGCUACGACCAGGUGACUGUGGCUCUGGACGGCGCGCCAAGUCACAUCCAGUACCCUCUGCUUUCGGAACCACCGCCAGCGCUGCAAUACGCGCCGAUUCCAGAAGCUCAUAUGGCCAAUCUCCGCCUUCUUAGGAUUGUUUGCCAACGUGUCAUUGCUCGCAGGCUGAAGACUGGCGUAGUCGAGGCAAACAACAGCACCCCCAGCAUCAUCAACUUUGCCAGUCCCGUUGGCAUUACCAGUCCGGCUACGAAGCCAACCGAGUUUUCUGGAUUCCCCACAUUCGACGUCAGCGUGCAAACGUACAGCGAUCUCUUCAAGGGAUCGGCAGGCAUAGUGGCCGAAUGCAUGAAGCUGGCCUGCAGGACCGCCUCGCGAUGGUGUCAUGAGAGGGAUGUUGAUGUUCUCAGGCGGACAGCGAUGCCGGUAGAGGGGACCGCUGCCAAUCUAAAAAAACUGCGGGCAAUGCGUGACGAGCGCGGCUAUGUCAACCCAAGAGCCUACAACGCGCUCACUCUCAACCCACCCACCGCGAUUUUAACACUCGAACCGGGACCCCAUUGGACCGUUGGAGCGCUGGAGGGCGAAGGAUACACACGGGCGACGUCACCUCUGCGCCGCUUCAGCGAUCUGCUCGUGCAUUACCAAAUCCACAGUGCCCUGCUUGGGAAGGAUUCGUUUUUCUCACGUGACUACAUGCAUGACUACAAACUCGCCCUUGCCUACCAAGACCGCCAGAAGAAAACCGCCAACAAGCACCACGUAAAGUACUGGGUGCUGAUGGCGCUGAAGCGGUAUAUGGAGGGCCCACGACAAGACGCGCUGGACUUGAACGAUCUGUCAGCGACAGUGAGUGCCUCCGUGCGAGUGAACAUUGUCCACAACACGCUGCAAUCCCCGGUCGACAUCCCGGCACUCGGUGUUCAGGCCAUGUUGAAAGAUGUACCCAAGGCUGUGGCCGAUUCGUGGACAAUUGGGGCCGAACUUCGUGUGAGAGUCAAGGAGGUGCAGUUGGGCCUCAGUCCAACAUUGAUCGUUACACCGAAAAGUAUGUAA